AUGGGGGCAGCCGCAGGGGCAGGGGGCGACAAGAUGGGCAACAAGGCCAAGAGGGGUCGGGGGCAGCAAAAGGGCAGGGGGAAGAAGAAGACGGGGGGACGACCGGUGACACAGGUGGCAACGGCUCCGCUGGUCAAGCGCGUGGUUGAAAAGGGCCUCGUUGGGCGGCGAUCCGGUCGAAAGCAUGCGGCUGCCAUUGCCUAUAUGCAUCAGCUCAACAAGGAUUUGGCGCACGCGCAGGCCAAUCAAGAGACGCACCGUGCUGCUGCCAUCGAACAGGAGCUGACCGAGUUGGGAGGGAUCGAGGCCUACCAGCAAUUCUCCCUCAAGAGCGAGUCGCGUGGCGUGACCAAUAGCUCGCGCUGGGUCGUCAGCAUGCUGCGCGAGGCUCAAUUACAUUCUCCAGCAGGCCGACAAGAGGCAUUUGGCGCACCCCUCCCCCAGCUGGCUCUGCUUGACGUGGGCGCGCUGGACGACAAUUACCGACGCGAGCGCGCUUGGAUCGCCACCCGAGCCAUUGACCUCAACUCCCAGCACCCGUUUGUGGAAAAGUGCGAUUUUUUCACCGUGCCGGAUGAGCCGCGCUACCAUGUCAUUUCCUUGUGCCUGGUCAUCAACUUUGUCCCUUCCCCCGCCCAGCGCGGUGCCAUGCUGCGUCGGUGCCACGAGUUGCUACAUCCCGAUGGUUGGUUAGCCCUCAUGCUGCCUCUGGCCUGCGUCAACAACAGCCGGUACACCACCGAAGAUCGUCUUUUGCAGAUCUUGGGUGCCGUCGGGUUUGCCGUCCGGCAACGCAAGCAUACCAAACGCCUGGCCUGUUAUUGGUGCCAGCGCGUCGAACCGCAAACACCCGUGGCUCGAGAACUCCAAACCAAGGCAGUCCUCGUCGAGGGCGGCGGCCGCAACAACUUUGCUAUCACACUCUGA